CGCGAACCCUACGCGCACGCGCCCGCCUCGCGAGUGAACCAAAAAUUGACAGUUAAACUAUCAUGGCGGCCAAAUUUUACGUUGUAUGUUUGCUCGUAGCGUCGGGCCUGGCGGCGGGAGCGCGGCCGCGCCCUCGCCUGCACGUGCAGCCCCAGGAGUACGAGUACGAGCCGCAGGCGCAGGAGCGAGCCUCCAACGAUCAGGUGGUCCUAGUAUCGGCGGACGAGUACGACGCGCUAUAUCGCGCAGAUGACCGGCUCGACGAAUAUGAGCCGCGUGGGGCACCGCGCGGGCCGGCGCGCCUCAAGACCCAGCCGCAGGAGCCCAAGCAGCCGCCUGUGCAGACCAUCAGGAACUACAACAAGGUAAACGAUGACGGCAGCUUCACCUUCGGUUACGAAGCCGCCGAUGGUUCCUUCAAGGAUGGUUCCUUCAAGACUCGCGGCACAGACUGCGUCGUCCGCGGCAAGUAUGGCUACGUGGACCCCGACGGCAACAAACGAGAGUUUACCUACGUCUCCGGCAACCCCUGCGAUCCCAACAAGCCCAACGAGGAAGAGGAACCCGAGGCACCCGCCCCAGACUCCGCAGAACGCGAUGAUGGUGUGCCCAACUACCCGACCAGGCCCGCCCACCGACCGACCACUCCUCGACCCACUACGACCUACUUCCAGAACGAUUUCAGAGACGCUGACGAGGAUGAGGCUGAAGAGGAACCCCUUCAACACAUCAGGCAGAGAGUUGUCCAACGCCCGACCCCGAGAAGGCCCGCGUAUCAGUCUCAGCAAAUCGCUAUUACUCCAAGACCGGUGCCAGUAACCACUGCGCGUGCGCUGCCCCCUGCGACGACAUUCCGACCUCAGUUGGUUCAAGUAACCGCUAAACCCCAGUACAGCCCUGAACCUGAAUAUUCACCGUCUCCGAUCCCUAACUAUUCGGCUUCACCUGCCCCCGCCGCUUACUCGCCUUCUCCAGCUCCUGCUGUGAUCACCACGGCUAGACCGAGUCCCGGACAAAUCGACUUUGCUGCUGAAUUUGCCAAGUUCCAUCGUGAGAACCAAAUCCAAUCCACAACUUCGACUGCCACUAACGGCCCGUCGAAGGCUGCUGUCGCUCAAGCUCCUAGCGGCAACCCUCUGUACUCUACCGAACUGGUAUAUGACCCUUCAAGUGGAAGCUACAACACUCAGCUGUUCCAGUCCCUGCCUCAGACUAAGGGAGGAGAGUUGAAUCUCAACCAGCGCCUUCAACCUUACGUAGCUCAACCUCAACUCCAGCAGCAGAGACCAUUCAUUCCUUCACCUCAACUGCCGUCUAUACCGUCUUCACCCGCUUCGAACGUACCAUUGUUCCGUCACCAAAUCCAGCACCAGAACCCUCAAGAGAUCUACCAGAGGCAACAAAAUGAGGCUCAAUUCCAGAACUCGCAACAAUUAUUCGCUCAGCAACAGCAGCUGCAACAAACUCAGUUACAAAGAGAUAGAGCUGCAGCGAGGGCUCAGGCGCAGAGGUUCGCGCAAGGACCGCAAGCGCAGAGGGCCGCGGCUGGUCCUCAGUACUACUACGUCGCGCCCCGCGGUGAAUCUGCUUCUUCAGGACAGAUUGACGCUUUCCUCAGAGGGCAUGGUAUCCAGUUCUAGUUUCUCUAUUAGUAGAAUAUCUUUGAGCUAGGUAAAUAAAACUAUCGACCAAUUUUGGCCUAAGUUUAUAUUAGGACCAUCCAAUCCAUUAUCAACGUCAUCCAUAAACGAUUUUAUGACGAAUAUAAUCUCCAUUAGUAAGUACGUGUAUACAAGCAGCACCGGUCUCAAGAUAUUUGUAGUCAUUAGGUUGGUUACACUUAAUAUACAUGUUCUUUAUUUCGUUAUUUUAACUGUGUUGACGGAUGGAUAACCUCUAAGCUGAUGACUGAUAUUUUAAUCUUUCAUAUUACCGUAAAUAACGCUCCAAAGGCCAUAUCCGAUUGAAUUAAGUGCUAACAGUAAAAAACAACACUUACAAUUCCACAUAACUGUAAAUGACUAGUCCAGUUACUUAAUAUUUUGUCUCAAACUCUUAAUAAAUUCUAUACUUAUUCUUUAAAUAUUUAUCCGUGAAGAAGAUAUCAAACCUAAAACCCUCAUCUUGAAAGUUUAUAUGCAUUCUACUGUUGAUAAUUAAACCUACUGUCUUCGUUCGAUCAAAAUGAUCGAUUGUAAAAUAAUCUUGCAACAUUUAAAAUAAUUGUGGGAUUUUUUUGCUGUCAGUACUUAGGUUCGGGAAAAUUUUAAUGUUUGAGUACAACUAAUUGGUCGAUACGAUCGAAGUAUGUUAUGACAAUGGAGUCUGUCAAAUACACUAAUACAAAUACAUUGCAUAUAAAUAUGAAUCUGAAAUUUUUCGCCAGACAUCGGACUUUUAGAUCCGAUUUGAUAUCACCAUGACAGAUAAGAGAAUAACGUAAUAGUUAACAUUUUUCACCACACCAACACGAACAAAAUACUGACUAUAAAACAAAAUCAAAUCUAUCAAUUUAUUCAAUAUUUAUAAUUCAAAAUCAUCAUUUAUAGGUAAUUUCUACCAGCC